UUUCACACCAAAUUCCCUCACCGUAGCAGUGAACAGACGCAAGCAAGGUGUGUGUCCCCAACGGGGUACGUUAAUCAUAUAAACAUUCUACCUAUCGGUUUGGGUACUCCGUCGCCCACAACCAUGUGUUUGCAUGAAGAACGUUGCAAAUCCGUCGGAAGUUCCGAUGAUCAGCAAAUCCUUCGACAUCACCCUAAACGCCGUCCCUGAGGGUUGAAACAGUAGGUUAUAUAAAGAUCCACAUGGUCUUUCAGCCAUCUUCGUUCCCUCGAUCGAGGCUGCUGGUCAGUCCAAAAAAAAAAUUCCAACUUGUUUUCUGGUCAAAAUCCCUCCGUUCAUUAUUCUCCCCGUUGCACUGCGCACUCCAUCUGAAACCUACGUAUGACAACCAAGCUGUCUUUCAUAACAUCUAAUUCCGACUUUUUUUUUCUCGCAAGGUUAAGAAAAAAUGCGCUUCAUCAACUUCCAUGUUUAUCUCGUCCUGUGUGUUGGUGUAGUGUUCACAGUUGUGUAUGCUAUGCCUUAUCAGCCCGACUCCACUCCGCAUUUCCAAGUCGCCCGUGCAAAUACCAAACCACAGCUCAUAGCGACCCUAACCUUUGUAGGCACCCACGACGGAACCUCGAUUUCCGGCGCGCCUGCAACCGGAUUCGUGCUUUCAUCGAGCAAGGAUGCAAAGCAGUAUGGGAUCAUCAAGACAUCAAAUGUCUACAAACGACUCCGGAAAGCAGUUAAAUCACUGGUCCCAACUGAAGACAAAGAACGGGAUUUAGUUCUUGCCUUUAAGAACCGCUACAAGGCUUCGGGGCCUGAAGAUGAUGUAUUCAGAGUUUUCUUACUUGGGAUCGGGCAAUGUCUUAAUGGGUGUUGGUUCAGUGUUGAUAAAAGUGGGAAGAUAGUUGCGGACUCGAUGGAGUAUCCUUCCGACUGAGAAGGAUCCGGCUCGGAAUGACUGUCUAUUGGAUUAGCUUUUUGUUGUGCAAGCGUAGUGUGUAGACCGUACACCGCUUUUGCCUUCAAUAGUACAUUAGAGUAUCAUUUAUCACCUUACAAUCAUACAUAGCUGUGAUACAUGGAAUAAGAGAUACAUAUUUC